UGUUGUGUGCUUGCCCUUGUCUUCAGCAUCAACGUUUCUCAUACCGAGAGGAGAUUCAAGAGCAAAACUAGCACAAGAUGGCCUUAUUGGGAAGAUCUCCUUUACAUCUGACUGGUCUGAAGCACAACUUAGAGAAGAAAUGGCAGCAAUCUUCAGAAGAACAUUUGCACUGUCAACUGGCCAGACAUUCCCUUUUGAGUAUUUGAGUACAAUUAGAGGAUGUAAACGACUAAUGAAACCAAAUGUUUCUAGCAGUUUUCUUUGGGGUGGCCAAGAAGUUGGCUCGAUUUGUUCCUCCACCUGCCUCUAUAUAAUGGCAGGGAUACAAAAACCUGCACAGGAGGAACCAGAAGAGCUGUCUGAUAGUGACUUUGAAAGUCCAGUCUGCCGGAGAAGACGAGUGCAUCAUGCGUUGCCUACAACACCAGGUGAAAGUGAGGCCAAGCAUCAGGAAACAGAGGGCUGCAUUCAGGAGAGUGAAAAUGAGGGACAGGCAGAGGGACAGCAGAUGUUUCCAUAUAAUGUGGCAGAAUUUGUCCCUAUUUUUCUGGAGGAAGAUGAAGCUCUUGAAGAGGCAAUUCAGCGUAGCCUCCUAGAAGAGUCUGAUAGACAGAGUGAAGUUCAUAUUUCAAGGUCUUUUAAGAAGCUCAGCAAAGAAGAAAUUGAAGGUCUUCUUAGAGCUCAUAGUGAGAAAGUCAUUACACCAGGAACAAGACAACUCCAUAUCAGUCGAGCCAAUGUGUGGUCGACUGCUUUUUGCGCCAGUUCAAGAGACCCAAGUUUGCAGAAAGCUGUGAGAUGCUUUAUGUCACAUUUGCAAGCGAUGAACAUGAUACAGAGGAAGAUGCUGCUGACCUUGGGGGGCCAAGGCGCGGAGUUUUUCCGCUUUACUGGUGAAGGCCAUCUUUCAGGACAGUGGUGCUUUUGA